UGAAUCGAAAUCGUAGCCAGCAGUAGCGUUGGCGUUGACGUAGACGUAGACGCUGACGCUGGCGUCGUCGUGCUGCUGCGAUGAGUGCGCGCCGCGACGGUCAACAAAGUGCGGCAAACGUAAACGUAAACGCGAUCGCUUCAUCGUCGUCUCCGUCCGAAAGUGUAACCCCAACCGAAACUGAUGCCAUGCUCAAGAUAAUGACGACAACGCCGGUGUUAGCGGCAGAAACAGCGACGACGCCGGCGUCAUCAUCAGCAGCGCUGCUGUCAGCGAUUAACGUUGAAAAUAAAUGCGCGCUAGCAGCGCCAACGACAUUUAGUUAUCAGAGAGCAGUGAAGCGUUGCGCACGCCUCGAGCAGACAACAAGAGCAGCAGCAUCGACAGCAGCAGCAGCAGCAGUAGCAGCGACAAAAGAACUAACAACAACCGUUAACACAACAAGUGCUGAUCCAUGUGAGCGCCGACGUUCGUUAGCUGAGCACAAAGCGCAACUGCGCGCAACAUUUUUCAAGGACUUGCAAACAACGCGAGAGGGCAAAAGCGAAAGCGUUGAACUAAAAGUAACGGGAAUAGCAACGGGAGUUGGUAUACAAGAGCUGAUAACUAAAUUUCAAACAAUGAUUGUGCAGCAGCCUACAGAACAGACAGUCAAUGCAGCUGCGCAGCAACAGCAACAGCAGCAGCAGCAGCGACAGCAGCAGCAUUUGCAGCUGAAGCCCACAUUGGCUUUUAGCAGCGCUGCCAACUCGGACGAGGGCUGCAAUGCAGGCGGUCUGAGUCCCUGCAGCAGCGACAAUGAAUGCGAUGCGCUUGCCGCACGCAAGCCGAAGGUGACGCGCUGCGCCAGCAGCGACUCGGCGCUGGGCUUGGAUGUGGAGCUAGAUGAUGUUAGUAUGGUGGAGGUGCCUCAGCCGGCGCCUCAGCCGCAGCGACGCAUGACGCUAACCGUCACCGAUCUGCCGCUGCGUCCAGCCCUCUUGCCGCUGGCCGAGCCCACAGCGCUGCCGGACUCGCCACUCACCUCGCCCACCACAGCCACAGCGAAUGUGGGCAGCAGCAGCGGGGCAGUGGGCGUGGGAGCGCUGGGCGGUGUGCCCAGCAAGGUGCUGCUCGAGGAGCGUGUGGUGGCCGCCCUGACGGCGCCCUGCAGCUCGCGCCGCGAAUCCACACAGAGCUGCAUCAGCGAGCUGGGCGGGCUGGUGGGUGUGCGCUAUGUGCGCACGCCCUCGGUGGUGGUGUCGGACUAUUCGGAUGAUAUCACGGCCAUUGGCAUCAGCAUGGAGGAGAUGGAGUAUUUUCGAUUGCAGCGCGCACGCGGUCAGCGUCGCUGUUCGCUGGAAGCGAGUGCCGCGGCCGCCGGCGGCGGCGCUGGUGCCAAGGAUGAAGCUCAGUCGGAUGUGAGCGCGGCGAGCAGCUGCAGCAAUCUCUACUACUGCGGCUCCACCAUUUCGGCGCUGGACGGAGGCGAGUGCAUUGUCAACGGCGUGCGCGUUGCUCUCGCACGCAAAUCGAGUCACAGCAGCAGCGGCGACUUGAGUGCCGGCGAGGAGGAUGAAGCGGAGGCGCAAGCGGAGGAGGCGCAGCAGCAGCAGCAGCAGCAGGAGCAGCAAGAGCAGCUCAGCGAGCUUCUGGCGGCGGCGCAGCUGGGCGAGGGCAUUAAGAAGGUAUGUUGCAACUCGGUUGUGGUUAAAGUGAAUCUCAUGUAGAACCUAAAAACAUAG